CCUUGAUUGUGGCUUGUCUGAAAAAAAGCAUAGGCAAGACGAUAAAGUUACUCUCAAGAAAAAAACAAGUGUGAGGAUGGUUAAUAGUAUUUUGACCCUUCGGGUUCUUCCACUGGUUAUCCUCCUAGGGAACACACGUGUGUGCGCUUCCUACUUCUUCCUGGGUGACCUGCUGAAAGCACUGCCUGCAGACGAGACUGAUGACUACGAGUAUUAUGAUGACUACGAGUACACACAGAUGGAGCAGGACCCCAUACUCCAGCAGGAGGCCUCAGAGGACCCCGACUGGUUUGAGACAUAUUUUGGCUACAGUGAUACAGAAAAAGCAGAUCCUUGCUCCUCCAGCCCCUGCCAGAACCAUGGCAGGUGUGAAAACAGAGGAAGCAGCUUCAGCUGCCUCUGCCCUGAGCCAUUCACCGGGACUACCUGUGAGAAAGUGAAGGACACGUGUUCAGAGAAGAGGUGCCAUGGAGGAGACUGCCUGGUUACAUUAACCCCACCUUAUUUUCAGUGUAGCUGUGACCACCCCUACAAGACACCUGACUGCCAAAGAGCGUCUUCACCAUGCAGACCAAACCCCUGCAAAAAUGGAGGCACCUGCAAACGGCACAGAGUCAGAUUGAAAUUCACCUGUGAGUGCCCUGAACCUUUCAGAGGGAGAUUCUGUGAGAUUGGACCAGAUGAUUGUUAUGAACAGGAUUCCUCUAUGUACAGUGGAAGAGUGAACCAAGCAGCAAAUGGCAAGACCUGCCUGCACUGGAAUUCCCACAAGCUCUUGAACUUUGCUAUUAAUGCCUUCAUGGAGGAUGCUGACUCUUAUGGAAUUGGUGAACAUAACUUCUGCAGGAAUCCUGAUGACGAUGAAAAACCCUGGUGUUACAUCAGAAAAAAUCACAAAGUGGAAUGGGACUUCUGUGAUGUGUCACCCUGCUCAGGAACAGCUGAAGAGAGCCCAUGGUCAACAGAUGCACCCGAAUCCAAUUAUGUAUUCAACACAUGUGGACAACCAGAAGUUCAAAGGAUAAGCAAGAGAAUCUAUGGUGGAGCUAAGACUACUGCUGGCAAACAUCCCUGGAUGGCAUCUUUGCAGAGGAAGAAUUCCAAAAGGGACAAACACUUCUGUGGUGGAGUGUUAAUUAAAUCAUGCUGGGUUCUUACUGCUGCACAUUGCCUUGAAGAGCCAGCAGAAAAUCUCCAAGUAGCACUUGGAGAGCAAGACCUAAAGAAGAGAGAGCAUCAAGAACAAAUAUUUGAUGUGGAGAAGAUUAUUGUACAUCACAAAUACAGAGAGAAGGAUGGUGUGCCUCACAAUGAUAUUGCACUCCUUAAAUUGAAGCCAGUUGAUGGUCAAUGUGCAGUGGAAACAAAGUAUGUGAAAACAGCAUGUCUGCCAAACUUCUUCUUUCCCAUUGGGACUGACUGCUUCAUUUCUGGAUGGGGCAUAACAGAGAAAGAUGAACCAUCCAGGAGGCUGCUAGAUGCCAGUGUCAAGCUGAUUUCACAGAAGAAAUGCAACGCACCCAGAGCAUAUGACAACAUGCUGGAUGAAGGAAUGUUUUGUGCAGGAAAUCCACAGAGACCCACAGCUGAUUCUUGUCAGGGAGACUCUGGAGGCCCACUGACUUGUGUAGACAAUGGUUCCUACUAUGUAUAUGGCCUUGUGAGCUGGGGUGAUGGGUGCGGGUUAAAAAACAAGCCAGGAGUUUAUACCCAUGUUACAACAUUUAUCAGUUGGAUUAAAUCCAAAAUCCAGUCUGAUUCAAGGUCACAUCAUUAGAAGACAGCUUUGGAAUGACAAAUGAAAACUGGAAAAGCUACAAGAUUUGCAAGACAAGAUGAAGAUGUAGUUGUGUUUUUGUUUACUUCUGGUACAGAUGCAUUUUCCUUCUCUUGACUUGCAGAAUUUCUGAAGCAUCAGGAUUGACUGAGACCUGCUGGGCUCCUUCUGCCUCCAAUUGGUUCUGUAAAAUCAAACCCAAGUGAGCUGUGAGAACAGCUAGUAGGCAGGAGAAGGUUUUAACAAUUAUCCUGUACAAAUGUUUGUAUAUUAAAAAUUACAAAUGAACAAAAUCUCAAUCAUUGGUCUGCACUAAACAAAUCUCUACAAAGGAAAAGUGCAAAAAAUGGAGCUAUUUAUGGAAUUUAGAUACUACACAGAUCAAAAGACCCAGUGUGCUCACAUCCUAAUUUGUAAUUUGAGCCGUAAAUAAAGAGCAAACCAGUGAACACCUGAAUUCCAGGUGCAUUGCACACUUGUAGAUUUCCCUGAGACCAUCAGGGAAAGACUUAAGAAGAAAUUGCCUGCAGUCCCCACUGCCUGCAUUCCUCAGCCACAGUUAUAAUUUAUUUCCUAAGUAACUUUUCAGAUAGCAAUGUAAAUCAUUAAUAUGCUCUGUUUCUCUUGGGAUGGCUUAUUGUUUGACUUGCUGCCAAAGUUAAAACUUAAAUUAAACAAGUAUUUAAAGUGCAGAA